AUGGUGGGAAGAGCUCGAAUAUUUGGUAGGGAAAUCGGAGAAGAUGUAAGAGAGCCGUUUCCGAAGAGAUUUCGUCAAGAUUAUCCCAUAUAUUUUGAAAGAUUAAUGCCGGAGCAUGAUCGUGAUAUAUUUGAACGACCCAUAUAUCAAGAUCUAGAAGAUGAUGAAGAACUAGAAUACCAAGAAGAUGAUGAGGAAGAACAACGAUAUUAUGCAUAUCAACAAGAUGAGGACGAUAUAGAAGUACAAGUUGUUGAUGAAGAAGAAGUACAAGUUGUUGAUGAAGAAGAAGUAUAUCCAGAAGAUAAUGGAGAUGGUGAACAUAUCUAUAUAGAAGAGGAAGAGGAAGAGGAAGAGGAAGAGGAAGAGCCAAAUUAUGAACCCAUCAGUGAUGAGCCUAUUAAUGUCACCUUAAACGAUCCACGAAUUUUUGACUGUUCAAUUUGCUUUGAACCCUUAACCAUCCCAGUGUUCCAGUGUGAAAAUAAUGGGCACAUAGCUUGCAGCUCCUGCAGCUCCAAAAUACACAGAUGUCCAUCAUGCCCUAGCCCCUUUGGCUCUAGUCGUUGUCGUAUCAUUGAGAAGGUUCUGGAAUCAACUACAACAUCAUGUCGAAAUAGCAAGCAUGGCUGCAAAGAAACCAUGACUUAUGACAAGAAAAGAGAACAUGAAAGGGCAUGUAUGCACUUGCCUUGUUCCUGCCCCCAUCCUGUCUGUGACUUUGUCGCUUCGUAUGGGAACUUAUACAAGCACUUCCGCACGAAUCAUGCCAGUUCUGCGACCCAAUUCAGGUUCAACAGCGAGUUUUCCAUUACAUUGAACAAGAAUGAGAAGUUUACUGUUCUCCAAGAAAGAAACCAAGGCACAAUGUUUGUCAUCAAGAAUCGCAUCAUCGAAGGAGUAGGGAAUGCGGUCAGGCUUCAUUGUCUUCAACCUAGCUUCUUAAAGGAGUCUUACUAUAAACUUGAUGCUAUGUCGACCAAUGAAAAUGUCCUCAGAUUACAGUCUUACACUAAGAGCAGUCCAAACUGUGUUUAUGAUGGCCCUCCUUCUUCAAUGGCUACUUUCCUUUUAAUCCCACUCGAUUUUUUCAGGUCAAGUGACCAGCUGAGGAUGAAUCUCUAUAUAUUGCCAAAUGGAGUGCCUCUUCCUCCAACAUUAUCAAUCUAG